AUGACUAAGUGGUGUAUGUUUUUGUUGGUUCUUGCUCUUGUUGUUGCAGCUACAACUAGUGCAAGAGAUGUACCAAGUGAUGCUGGUCUUAAGGACCAGAAAAACCUUGUGACAUAUGGUGGUGGUUUUUAUGGAUUAGGAAACAACGGAAUACCUUUCGGUGGAAUUGGAGGUGGUAUAGGUGGUGAUUUAGGUGGUGGUGGAGGUGCUGGCUUAGGUGGUUUAGGAGGCUUAGGUGGUUUAGGAGGAUUAGGUGGUGGUGGACUUGGAACUGGUAUAGGUGGUGGUGGACUUGGAACUGGUGUCGCUGGUGGAAAUGGUGUUCUUCCUUUCCCUUAA